UGCGCUGUUCCGUCCCCCUCCAGAAUCAUGCUGGACUGGCACAGCUCCUUGAUCCUCACAGCCUACAUCCUCAUCUUCCUCACCGGCCUCCCUGCCAACCUCCUGGCGCUGCGGGCCUUCGUGGGGCGGGUCCGCCAGCCCCAGCCUGCGCCCGUGCACAUCCUCCUGCUCAGCCUGACCAUGGCUGACCUCCUCCUGCUGCUGCUGCUGCCCUUCCGGAUCAUCGAGGCUGCGUCCAACUUCCGCUGGUACCUGCCUCAGAUCGUCUGCGCCCUGACUGGUUUCGGCUUCUACAGCAGCAUCUACUGCAGCACGUGGCUCUUGGCCGGCAUCAGCAUCGAGCGCUAUCUAGGAGUGGCCUUCCCCGUGCAGUACAAGCUCUCUCGGCGGCCUAUAUAUGGGGUGAUCGCCGCACUGGUCGCCUGGAUUCUGUCCUUCGGCCACUGUACCUUUGUGAUUGCUGUUCAGUACUUGAACUCAACCCAGCCAGUGAGAGACGGAAACGAAGUAACCUGCUAUCAGAACUUCACGAAAGAGCAGCUAGACGUGGUGCUACCUGUGAGGCUGGAGCUGUGCUUGGUCCUCUUCUUCAUCCCCAUGGUGGUCACCAUCUUCUGCUACUGGCGCUUUGUGUGGAUUAUGCUGACCCAGCCCAACGUGGGGGCCCAGAGGCGGCGGCGAGCCGUGGGACUGGCUGUCGUGACCCUGCUCAACUUCCUGCUGUGCUUCGGGCCUUACAACUUGUCGCAUUUGGUGGGAUUUAUCUUAAGGGAAAGCCCCCCGUGGCGGGAGGAGGCUGUGGUGUUCAGCUCUCUGAAUGCCACCCUGGACCCGCUACUGUUCUACUUCUCUUCUUCGGUGGUGCGCAGGACUUUUGGUGAAGGGCUGCAGCUGCUGCGCCGCCAGGGCUCCUCUCUGCUGGGAUGCAGAGCCAAAGAGACAGCAGAGAUGACAAUUGGGGCCGGGGGCAUGAGUCAAACAGAGAGAAUGCCAAGUUCGGACUUCGUCACGGAGUGA